CUGUGGGACUGCAGCUUUUAGAAACAGACACACAAGGAGAUGGGCUUCAUUCUCAGCCCAAAGCUUCGCUCAGGCACAGCCCAUUCUGGAGGAGAGGGGGACGCACUGCUCUGUACUUCGCCGUGUCCAUGUUGUUGUCAUCUCCGCCCCUAUCUGAUUAAACUACAGAGCCCGCCUGUGCUCCGCGCCGUCAGAGGAGAGGGAUUUUCCGGCCGCAGAUUCUCGAGCGGACCCGUGGAGACUCAGCUGUACUCUUUUUGUUUUCCUCAUGAUGUCCUUUAAACACAAACAGUGACCCGGUUUAAGUCAAUGUUACUGCGACCAGUGCGCUCUGUGCACGCGUGGGUCAUGCUCUGCACCUGACAGCCCUUCUGCAAGAGUUUAGACUUGAACAGGAGGAAAACUUAGCAUCGUCCCAAGAAGUUGUCCACUGCUGCGGACUCUUCGCACACGGACUGUAGUACACCACGUUCUGUAUCCUUGUUUUUUUUACCACUUCAAAGCUGCAUCACCGAGGCGAAACGGCGACCUCAGUCGAUUACCUUUCCUUCCUUUGCUAUCCCAUGGAUAUUCACUGCAAAGCGGACCCCUUCUCGGCGAUGCACCUGUCCCACGCAGGGCACGGCGGUGUGAACCAGCUCGGCGGGGUGUUUGUGAACGGCAGACCCCUCCCGGACGUGGUGAGGCAGCGGAUCGUGGAGCUGGCCCACCAGGGCGUCCGGCCCUGCGACAUCUCCAGACAGCUACGGGUCAGUCACGGCUGUGUCAGCAAAAUCCUCGGCAGCUAUCAGAAGGCAUUUCAGAGGUACUACGAAACCGGCAGUAUUAAACCCGGAGUCAUUGGUGGGUCCAAACCAAAGGUUGCAACUCCGAAAGUGGUGGAUAAAAUUGCUGACUAUAAGCGCCAGAAUCCAACCAUGUUUGCUUGGGAGAUAAGGGACCGACUACUGGCCGAGGGCGUCUGCGACAACGACACUGUCCCCAGCGUUUCAUCCAUCAACAGGAUUAUCCGCACCAAAGUCCAGCAGCAAUUCCACCCGUCCCCUGACGGAUCUGUUACACCGCUCUCCACGCCUGGCCACACCAUAGUGCCCAGCACCACCUCGCCCCCUGUGACCAGCGCCUCCAACGAUCCUGUAGGAUCCUACUCCAUCAACGGCAUUCUGGGUAUCCCCCGCUCCAAUGGCGAGAAGAGGAAACGAGACGAUGUUCUCUGGAGUGGCAACCACUUGGAUGGAAGAAAAAUAGGACAUUAUGGCUCAGAUGGCUCAGGCCCGGGCAGCGACUCUCAGGGCAGUGUGGAGAGUUUAAGGAAGCACCUGCGAGCAGACGCCUUCACCCAGCAGCAGCUGGAGGCCCUGGACCGUGUGUUUGAACGUCCUUCUUACCCUGAUGUCUUCCCCACUUCAGAACACAUCAAACCUGAACAGGCGAAUGAGUACUCACUCCCAUCCCUGAACGCCGGCCUGGAUGAUGUGAAGCCGAGCCUUUCCACCAGCACCAGCUCCGACCUCGCCUCCAGUGUCUCCCAGAGCUACUCUGUUGUGACAGACUCUCACCCAUCAUAUCCACCUUCCAUGUGUGUAAAGCGAGAGCCCCAUGAGGCAUCCUUUGCACCCUUCACCCCCUCCUCUGUUGAAGACUCUACUCUAGCCGACAUCUUGUCCCACCAGUCCAGCCUCUCUGUAGAUGCCUCUACUUCCAGCUACCCUGCCCAUGCCCACAGUCACUGCUACAGCCAGUAUGCCAGCCAGCCUUUAAUAGCAGGUCGAGACAUGGCCAGUACCACAUUACCUGGCUACCCGCCUCAUGUCCCCCCCACAGGACAAGGCAGCUACCCCACCUCCACACUCGCUGGAAUGGUUCCUGGAGGGGACUUUUCUGGAAAUCCUUACUCUCAUCCACAAUACACCACUUACAACGAAGCAUGGCGGUUCAGCAAUCCAGCAUUACUAAGUUCCCCUUAUUAUUAUAGUGCCGCAUCCCGUGGCUCCGCACCUCCCACUGCUGCCACUGCCUACGACCGCCACUAGUUACUAUGGAGACCAGUUCAAACUGCAGGGCCAGGGCUUUGGCCUCCAUAUUGUCCCUGUCUAAGAAACACUGAGGUCAAAGGGAAGCAAGGUGGAAUCCUAAAGGAAACCCCGUGAUGUUACGUGAUGUGGAGAAAAGGAUCGUCGAGCUCGACCCCGGGUGCAUCUAGCCCAGCUUCAGCGUCACAGACAUUGGGUCUAAAGGGCCCUCGGGCGUUUAGAACUCACCCAUCAUGCCCUCAAUCUCUCACAGGCCUGAACAUUUCCAGAAUGACUUUAAGAGAUUAUAUAAAUAUAUAUAUAUAUUAUAUAUAUAUUAUAAAAAUAUAAAAUGAAGAAAAACAGUGUGAAGAAUACCAUGUGGAAAACAAUGUUGUGGGUUUUUAAUUUUUUGUUUCUUUGUUGCUGUUGUUGUUAUUUUAUUCAUGGAUCCUCACAUUGCUUUUAUGUGAUGAAAUGCAGUAUUGGUCCAGGGGAGAUGACAUUGCUUAGCUUGAUGAUGCAGCGAUGUGAACCAGUGUUGCAAGGCAUCUUUGACACUUAAUGAGAUCGUGGCUCCACAUUGCUUCACUCUGGUGCUUUGACUACGUCUUCUGUCCCACAUACACUAUCAGAUAAACACAGCAUGUCCUACGUUUACUGACCCUACAUAAACCAGUGGCAACAUCACACAUCCUGUAGCAAACAAUCAGAUGUAAAAAUUUAAAUCAUUUUGCAAAGUAUUAAAAACAUGGUGACCACAAAAUGGCCUUGCCAGAAUUUCAAAUACUUUAAAUUAUUUUUUUUCUGUCACUAUUUUUAAAUGUAAAAAGGUUAUCAAAAAUUCUUUCAGAGUAAUUGUCACAUUUCCCUAAUUUCCCAGUCAUGUCCAUGUCCACGCAUGAUCAUCCUUUGCUCUUUUUUUGCACUAUAACCUCAGCUUUGUUAAUUUAUUUGGUACAUUCGCUUUGGUAAAUUCAUUUUAAUUAACCUACCAAUUUUAGACAUAAAUUGAUACUUUAUGUUGGAAAGUGUAGGUGUUAAAACACAAAGCAGACAGACAGACAGACAGACAAGCUUUUGUGUAUGCUUUCGAGUUUCUGAGGAGUUUGUAAGCCAGAUCCCUAUGGCUACAUGAACAAAUUCUAUUCUCCUGGGUUAUAAUCCAUUCAGCUACUUAGUCAUACCACUAGAGGCCUACACAGUUUAGAAAGCUGUACGCAGUUGAGCUAACCAACUGUAAAUUAGCUUCAACAAUUGCCUUACAAACCUGUUUUUUUUUAAUGUUCAAAAAAUUUUUAUUGCCUUUGCAAACACAUAUUCACCUCCCUCCUUGAUUUAUGCUUUACUCUGCAUUGGGACUGAAAGGAAAUACUGAUUCAGUUUGCUUUUUGGAAAAAAUAUUUUGUGAAUGUACUUUUAACUACAUUUGCCAAAGACUUAGUUUGAUAUUUAAUAUUUUAUUUACAGUAUAUGUAUGCAUAAAUAAAUCAGUAUUAUCUUUUAAAUAAGUAGUCAACACUGAACAUGUAUGUCGUAACUCAACAGGCGAACAACAUGAUGCAUAUGACUGUAAUGAAAAAG